GUUUCGCAUUCGGUUUAAAUGUUUAUAACAAAAGAAAAUUUUCGAAAUUCAAAUGAGAUUUAAGAUGGUGGAAUAGCGGUAAAUACUUUCGAUUGGUUUAGGAACACCUCCCCCAUGGAAAACAGUUGAAGUUGAGGACGCGGUUUGGUCAUAAAGUAAUCGUGUGUACGUGUUCUUGUUUCGGUCAAAUUUCUUCAAGAUAACCGGAGUUUUGUGGUAAACAAUGAUACAUCGAAAAACUGUUGGCUAAGGAAAAUAAUUUAGUGAAAGGUAAUCGAGUGGUUUGCAGAAAUAAUCUGAAUUUUCUCCGGUUUCUCUCAGACCGCCAAAAUUUUAGGAAAUGACGCCAUCUUGAGUGCUGAUGACAACAAAAUUUUUGACAUAAACAUAUUGUUGACGAAAAUGCAGUGUUAAAUGCAAAAGUGUUCAGUUAAUUGUGAACUCAAUGUGUUCAUGAAUUGUUCCUUAUUUUAGUGCUUCUAAUUGCUUUUUAUUCAAAUUCUCUGGAAUCUCUACGUUUGUUAUGUAAAAUCGGGACCGUACUUAUCACCUCCGUAGCUUUGUGGUAUGUACGUUUCGCCUUGUGGAUAAAAUGUUGAAGUGAAUUCUUCUCUCGCAGAACCAAAAGGAACCGCAGAAAUGUUUUACGCGCACUUUGUGUUGGCCAAAAAGGGCCCCCUGGCCCGAAUUUGGCUCGCCGCUCACUGGGACAAAAAGCUGACAAAGGCCCAUGUUUUCGAAACUAAUAUUGAGAAAUCUGUCGAUGGAAUUCUCCAACCCAAGGUCAAAAUGGCUUUGCGAACCUCGGGUCACCUGUUGCUUGGAGUGGUGCGAAUUUAUUCGAGAAAGGCCAAAUACCUGCUGGCCGACUGUAAUGAAGCCUUCGUUAAAAUCAAAAUGGCAUUCAGACCAGGAAUGGUCGAUUUACCAGAAGAACACCGAGAGGCUGCAGUCACCGCAAUCACUCUUCCGGAAGUUUUCCACGAUUUCGACACUGCCAUGCCUGAAUUAAAUUCGUUUUAUAGAGAUGUCGACAUAGAGGCUCAAUUCAGUUUAAAUCAGUCAAGAGCUGAAGAGAUUACCAUGAGGGAGGAUUAUGGUAGUCUCUCGUUGGUUACUCACGAUCAAGGAUUUGGUGACAUGAGUUUCGACGCCGAACCUCCGGAGUUACUUCGACAUGCUGGAAGCAUGGAACCUACCCUUGAUCAAGGCCACAUGUUGUUCAGUGAACCGGGCAUGGAACCUAGUCUGGAGCAAAAAGAAAAAGAGCCUGUACCUGGAACUUCAUCGACGGCUCAGCCGAUGGAUAUCGACACUCCAAUCAGAGACGAUGGAUUCGGUGGCCACCUUGGUCAAGAUAUAAUAUCUGGUGGAUUGUUCGAGGGCGGUUUAUUCGAUGAAGCGCCGAUGGGAGACGUACCAGUACCUGAAGUUAGUUCGAUCGCGGAACAACAGGAUGCGGCAGCAGGUGCACCACCACCUCCUUCGAUUCACGACGAUUCAGACGACGACAUGGGUGAUCACUUUGCAGGACCUCCUUCCCCAAUGGGAGGAAUGAGCAGCGACGGUUCAAGGACAGCAACUCCAGCGAUAGGAGCCGACGAUCUCGGAGGAGGUAGGGCAAGUGUUGCUAGUCGACGUUUUACUCCUGCACCUCCCUCUAUCCACGGUGACCUUGCAAUGGAUGCGAUUGAAGAUCUUCCUCCGCCUAUCCAGGAGCAAACCACAUUACUCCACGACGAGGAGGAGAGCUUUGCUCUCGCCCCUGUCGAUGCCUCUGCUCUCAAAGGAUUCACGAAAGCAAAACGCAAGCGAAAGCUGAUCGUAGACGAAGUUAAGAACAUCUCGGGUGAGGAGAUGAAGGCCCAGCUUUCAGACACAAGUGAUAUCGUCACGACUUUAGAUCUCGCACCUCCCACGAAGAGAUUAAUGCAUUGGAAGGAAACCGGAGGUGUCGAAAAACUUUUCGCUCUUCCAGGAAGGCCGAUACCUGCACGAGUAUUAUUCAAGAAUUAUCAGCGGCACUUGACCAGUAAAUCCUACGAUCAUGAAGACUUUGGACGCUUCGGCGCUGAUGAGGAUGCAAUGCCUCUGGAGCAGAUGAGAGAAGCAGGAGAAGAAGCUGCGUUCGAGCAGAGCAUUCUCGGAAAACGAGCGGGUCGCAAACGCAAGGCCCCAUUAGAUGAAGAGGUCGCACACUUUGGACAAGUGUCACUCGGUGCGGAAUUGGCGGAAGCGCCAAGUUUGAUUCCGCAAACGCCAAUGCCACAAACGCCUCUGCCUCCCGACGUGUCUUUACCGCAAGAACCAUCAGUGCCCGACAUAUCCGGCAUGAUGGGUUCGGUCGACCAAUCGGGAAUAAUUGAACCAGUUCCCGAAGUACCUGUACUUGGCAUGGACAUCCCCCAGAUGCCACAGAUUCCUCCAAGCGAUGUGAGUCAACUCCUCGGAACGGCCGAGGAACCGCCUCCACCGACUCCGCAAAUGCCACCGAUGCAGCCGAUGACACCGAUGCCACCAAUGCAGCCGAUGACACCGAUGCCAUCAAUGCAACCGAUGACACCGAUGCCAGCGAUGCAACCAAUGACACCGAUGCCGCCAAUGACACCGAUGACGCCGAUGCCACACCCAGAAGAGCAGCACUUGCAAAUACCACAGACGCCGAUGCAUCCGGGAACCGAUUUCGAUCAUCUGCAACAAAUGCAAAUGCCAAUGCCCGAACAAGUGCCACAUCAAAUUCCGCAAGUGCCACAUCAAAUCCCGCAAGUACAACAUCAAAUACCACCAAUUCCGGACACGAUACAAGAAAUGCAGCAGCCAAUGCAGGACAUGUCGCAUAUGCCACAGAUGGAGAAUAUGGGAUACGAUGGGCAGCAUCAACCUCAAGUUCCUUACAUGGGAUACGACGAACAACAUCCUCCAGCACACACGCCUGGUGCUGUUUCGGAGAGAGGAGGACCUUCAACGCCUUGGAAUCAAGAGGAUUAUGAAUUUCCUCAUUCUGUUGGACCGCAAGAGGAACAGCAAGUGGAUGAAACCUAUGAGCAGUUUGAAGAGAGAGUUCUUAACAAGAGAGCAGCACACAUGUAUCACGUAAUAAAGAAUAAACUGGAUACCAAAGACAGGUUAACGCUCUCUGAAAUGGCGUACAAGAAUAACCGCAAACAGGCUGCGCAGAAAUUCUACACACUCUUAGUCCUAAAGAAGUUCCAAGUGUUGGAACUAAAUCAAGAAUAUUCUUAUGCGGAUAUAGUUGUAACCAAAGGACCGAAGUUUGAAAAUCCACAGCUCUAAGCGUAAUUAUUUUUUUAUCGAAAAGCCAAACCAGUCGCGGAAAGGAUCGAGAUAAUGCAUAUUUACUUAUUUAAUCGUAAGCACAGACGGGAUACGUAUAGGUUUUUCUUUUUCUUAUAAAGCACAGAAGGCGAGAAAAAUUGUUUUCUCAAACUGAAUACUAAUUUAUAACGUUGCUACGAGUAUCAAUAGUAGAUCUUGAAUAUUUAUUUCAAUGCGUAGAUCUCAGAUUGACAGAAUUCAGUUCUGUGGGAUUUCAUCGGGAUUAUAGAAUUUAAUUAGACGUGUCUCGAUGAAGAAAACUCUUGGCUUGAGUCAGGCAGGUGACAUGUAACUUUUGCGCACAAAUUUAGAUCGAAAAUAUGAUUUUUGGCAAGGAAAUCUGAUUUGAAAAAAAAAAUCACACCUGACUGGAGCCGAUUUUGAAAAUGUAACGACACGCGUCUAAUUUUUUAUCACUUUUUUUAUAUGAGAGAGAGCAUGCUGAUGAAUUCCUUUCGAAGAUGCCUUUGAAUUUCUAAAUAUUUAGUUAUAAUCGUCGAAUAUAUAUCACUUCUUUAAUGAUCACAUUUCCUCGCGGAUUGUGAUUUUUUGUUUCUGAGAAUAGAUAGAUUUUAUAGAUAAAUAACAAAUUAGUUUUUUUAAAAGCUCUAUGAGGAUGGUUUUUAUAUGAUUUUUCUUGACUACAAGCCUUACUCCUUUUCACUAUUAAUGUGUAUAUUUGGAGUUAAUAUUCGAAUUUUUAAUUUUUAGAGUUCAGCUCGUAGUUAAAAAAUAUAUAUACAUAUAUGAAAAAAAGUGAAAAUCUUCCUUAUAGAUUCAAAGUUAUAAAUAUUAUAUCUAGAAUGAAAUAAUUUUGCAAAAAAUACCCUCGAUAGUUUGAAUUGUAUGAAUAUAAUUUAUUUCCGUUUGACGAGAUAAGAGUUAAGAAAUAAAUUCAAACAAUUGAACGAGUAUCGUUUGUGAAAAUGUACAUUCUAUGUUUAUCACUUUUGAAAUUCUUUACUCAUUGCGAGUAUAAUCUAACAAAAGUUGGAAGUGAUACGUAUUCCCAAAAAUCAUAUAGUGAUACGUUUCAUAGUUUGUAUAAAAUAUUACGUUGCGUAGAAGCAGACUUUAUUGGUACCUAUUGAGAACUAUUUGACUAGGCUUAACGUUUCACAUGUAUCUAAUAGUUUUUGUUAUAGAAAAUAAUUUUUAAAAACAAUAAGUUUAUUGUAAUAUAUUAUGAGAGACAUAUCGAUAAAGUCAAGGAAAAAUA